AAGAAAAGAAUAUAUCGUGAUAUAUAUCGUUACCACUUAUGCUUCAAAUUAUAUCACGAUAUGGAUUUUAGGCCAUAUCGCCCAGCCCUAGUUUUACCUUUAAAUCACAGAUAGAUGCAAAGUAUGCCGGCCGAUGUGGGGGCAACGCUAGCUUUCCCAGCCUCGUCUUCCUCCUCCUGCAGUGCUUCACAGAGGAUGCCCGGCAGCCUGUUAAUCACCGCGGCGUGGUUUCAGCCUAUGUGGGACGUGUAGCGUAGAGAGCGACGCCCGGGCCAAGUUUCCGUCAGAGCGGCGGGUUUGAUUCUGUCCUGCUGCUGGGGAAAAGCCCGGCUGGCGGAGCUCUGUGCCGGAGCCAGAGCUUCUCAGGGUGGAUUUUCACAGAAACAGGCUCCUCUUUCUCUCCAGCCGCUGGAGGUCUCGCCACCUCGCCGCCUUUAAUUAAGUGUGGCAUUGGAGGCAGUUGAGCAGAAAGUCUGAUCUGAGAGGGGCCCCGCGGUAUGAAUGCCAGCAGUUAAUCCAUUCAAUCAUUUUUGCACAGGCAGAUUAGGAGUGUGUGCGAAAAAUGGUGUUUGCUGCCUUUGGAGGUGCAGCGUGGGUAACGUCACAGCUUUUUAAUGUGUAGUUUGACUGUUUUUACUGGUGAAAACAAAAAAAACAAUCAGGAGAACAGAUGGUUUAGCCUUUUCAGGGUCUCUGUAGAUCUGACAGGAACCUUUCUGUCUCCAGAAACGUCUUUCAGUUACUCCUGGGUGAUUCCUCGCCAUUCCCAGGCCUCCAGAGAGCCCCACGCCCAGCCAGGACCCCCGAUAGGCCUCCAAAGCAGGGCUUUCCUAGCUUUAUUAAUCAGUUUUUCACUCAAACGAGAGAACACAUCAGAAAUGAGAGGGUAGUUAAGUAACAAUGAGCUGAGAAUGACAGCCCAGUGAGCAUCAAGGACAAACCUCAGAGGUCAGAUAUUUAUUUAUCCACAGGUCAUCACGUGUAAAAUAUAUUUCAUUAUAUUCUGCUUUUGAGCCGUGCUUCUGUUUGCUGCAGUGUGUUUUCAUUUGCUCUCCUUACACAAACUCGCUGAACCACUUGUCGAGGUGGGAGUCAUCCCACAUCCCCACGAUGUUAUCGCGGUACUUCAGUCACGAUGUGACAUUGUUAACAUAAAAUGUUAGAAUGGUGAAUGUUGCAUUAACAUAUCUUGAGAUUUAACACUUUUUUCCAACAGCAAGUUACGUCCUCAAAGCUAAACAUGGUUAGCAUCUGUUUUAUUCCAUAACAGAAGUUUAUCUCGGUGGUUUUGGUUUUUUGUCGUCAGUCAGCGAUUGGAAGAGGCCACGUUUGUGAUACUACAACAGUUAACUGCUGAAUCAGUGAACAUCACAUGUCUCUUGUUGUCUACAUGCACAGGAAGUCACAUUUAACUCUUCCUGUUCUCCAGGAAUACAACCGGGAUACAACCAGCUGCCGAGCCGAGUCGCCUUGAGUUGUGCUCGGUGACAGAGCCUCGUGUCCGCACGCUGACCGUCUGUCUGCAGAUGGUUCCCGUCUAUCAGGCGACCUGUGCAAUCCAAGUGAGUGUGACUGCAACGAUUCAUCGAGAGGCGAUGCGGGGAGCCGGGUGGAGGCGUGGGGUCCGGCCCUGAGGAGGCGUCCUGCGGCUGGGAGGAGCGCGGCCCUCCUGCAGCCCUCCUGUGGCGCUCCGGGACGCUCCUACUAAGAUGUCCCUCAGCAGCGGCCCUGCAGGCGGGAAAGGUGUGGACUCCAACGCGGUGGACACGUACGACAGCGGUGAUGAGUGGGAUAUCGGUGUUGGCAAUCUGAUCAUUGACCUGGACGCCGACUUAGAGAAGGACAAGCUAGAGAUGUCGAGCAGCAAGGAGGGAGGGGGCAUGGCGGCCCCUCCCAGCGCCGUGGCAGCUUUACCUGACAAUAUAAAGUUUGUUAGCCCUGCGUCCGCCACGGCGGGCAAAGAGAGCAAAUCCAAAUCCAAGCGCAGUAAAAACUCUAAGGAGAGCGUGAAGACGCCGCACUCAGACGGAGCUAAAAAAGAGGUUCAGGGCCGGGUCCCCGGGGACCUGCCGCCCCAGAACGCCAACUCUGCCCCGAGCAAGGGGACGGACAAGUCGAGUAAGCCCUCCCGCAUCCUCCCUGUGGUGAAAAAGGACAAGGACGGGGUGUCUGGGAAAAGCAAGAAGGAGAAAAUGGAGGUGGGAGCGGCGAACGCUGAGAAAGAGUCCUCGGUGCUGCCGUUAGGAGCACCUCGAGGCGGACCCUUUGAGGGCCAACAGGCCCCCGAGCUCGCUACGGCCGAGCAGCUCGGGAACACGCCGCUGGACUCAGCCAGGAUAGGCCAGGCCGUGACGACGGAGCAGGAAGAGGUGGAUGGGGGCGACUGCCGAAAUCUGAAGAAAGCGAUGGGUGGGGAAAAGAUGGAGUCUCCAGUCUCUACCCCAGCUCCUCCCCCUCUCCACCUCCUCGGCUCCGUCCCCAGCAGCGGCGACAUCUCGUCUCCCUGCGAGCAGAUCAUGGUCCGCACGCGCUCGAUCGCCGUGAACACCGUCGACGCGGCGCUGGCGACCGAGCCGGAGUGCCUGGGACCCUGUGAGCCGGGAACCAGCGUGAACCUGGAGGGCAUCGUGUGGCAGGAGACGGAGGACGGUAUGCUGGUUGUGAACGUCACCUGGAGGAACAAGACGUACGUUGGAACUCUGCUGGACUGCACGCGGCACGACUGGGCGCCGCCGAGGUUCUGCGAGUCUCCCACCAGUGACGUGGAGAUGCGGAGCGGCCGCGGUCGAGGUAAGAGGAUGCGUCCCAGCAGCAACACGCCGUUGAACGACAACAGCAACUCGUCGGACAAUAAAGGCAGCGGCAGCAGUAAGACGCGCGGCGCCGCGGCCAACAGCAAAGGCCGGCGGGGGAGUCAGACGGCUGGCUGCGGCGAAGACGCCAAAGCCAGCCCGUCCUCCGCUAAGAGGAAGACAAAGCCCGCCUCAGAUAUGGACCCCACCUCCAGCUCAGAGGACACCAAAGCGUCAAAGCGCAUGAGAACGAACUCGACCGGCGCCGGGACGCCUCUGCCUGGAAGCAAAGCAGAUUCACUGCCGCCGCCACAGCUGGACCGGACCUGCCCCUCCCCCGUCCUCAUCGACUGCCCCCACCCCAACUGCAACAAGAAGUACAAGCAUAUCAACGGACUGAAGUACCACCAGGCCCGCGCCCACAACGACCAGGACGUCCGACUGGACCAGGACGGUGACAGCGAGUACGGGGACGACCCCGCCCUCCAUCCCGAACCCGCCUCCUGCAACGGCGCCGCCAUCUCGCCUGCUCGCUCCACUACACCGAAGGGUCGGGGCUUCGAUGCCCCCUCGCCCUCACCAGGCAAGCUGACAUCAAAGGUUAAAAAGAAGACGAGCGAGGCUGAGCCUGAGGUGACGGACGGCGGCGAGGAGGGGGCGUGUUUGACUGACGAGGCCAGUAAUGACGGCAUGGACGACAGGAAGGUCAAGAAAAUGACAGCCGGGGGGAAGGCUGAGAAACUGGGACAGAAAGGCUUGAAGCUGACUCGCCCCGCCGGCGCGCCCGGAGUUCCCUCGCCAUACUCCCUCCAAGCAUCCUCCCCCGCUCUGGGCUCAGUGGUACAGUCCGUACCCAAAAGCCCCCAGCUGAAAAACGUCCAGCCUAAACCCGCGCCCCUCACUGACCCCGCCUCCAGCCCCGCCCAUUCCAAGGACAAGAAAAAGAAAGACAAAAAGAAGAGGGACGGCGGAAAGGAAGAGGACAGCCCGAAGGCCAUGGGUAAGGCGGGGAGGCCAGAGGAGGGCAAGAGCCCGUACUCUGAGGCGUCAGACGCUUUGCUCAACGGCUCCUCGGAAGCUCAGCAGAGCCGGCUCGCCAGCAUCAAAGCCGAAGCCGACAAGGUGUACAGUUUCUCCGACAACGCGCCCAGCCCGUCCAUCGGCGUGGCCAGCAGGAUGGAGGCCGGCCUGGCGCCCACGCUUCACAUGACCCAGAACGGAGCCGACAACGCGUCGGUCAAGACCGGUAGCCCCGCCUACUCUGACAUCUCUGAUGCUGGGGAGGACGGCGAGGGUAAGGCAGAGGGGGUAAAGGUCAAGCCAGAGCCUGACCAGGGACCUCGUGAGAGUGCCAAGAAGGCGCUGUUUCCCCCUCAGGCGUCCAGUAAAGAUUCGCCGUACUACCCCAGCUACGACGCCUACUACUCCCCCACCUAUGCCAACCCCAGCCCGGGACCAGCGCCUGCAGCACCACCUCAUGGUGAGAUAGCACAAGUGAAAGUGAAGAAAGAGGAGGAGCUUGAGGUGGGAGAGGAGGGAAAACUGAAGGAGGAGCCUCAGGAGGAGAGAAAGGUGGAGCCAGGGCCUCCGCAGCCAUCAGUCAUCCAGCAGCGCUCCAACAUGUACGCCCAGCCGCUCUAUUACAACCAGUACUACGUCCCUCCCUACUCCUACUCCCACGAGCAGGCCUACCACGCCCACCUCUUGGCCUCCAACCCUGCCUACCGUCAACACUUCGAGGAGCAGCGACAGCGCCACGCUGACAAGAAGGCGGAGAGCAAAGAGCGCGAGGCUUCCGUGAAAGAAGAGUGGAAGCAGAAGGCAUCGGUACCGCCCACUCUGUCAAGGGCGCCCAGCCUCACGGAUCUGGGCGCCAGGGGAGGCGUGAACCCAGCGAAGCCCAAAGAGCCCGCCACGGCUUCGGAACAGGCCAAGUCGGUCAUCAUGGCGAAGGGAGAGGACUCCAAGGCGCCCGCCGCCCAGCCCGAGGGUUUGAAGAUCAAGCUGAGUGAAGGAGGGCAUCACGGGAAAGAAGAGCCAAAGUCAGGGGCGGAGCCGGGCCGAGCAGCGAGCGUCGAAGCUGCCAUGUGGUACAGACAGGAGCCCGACUCACGUCUGUGGUCCUACGUCUACCCCAGCAAAUACUCGGAGGCUCCCAAACUUCAGGAGGACGACAGGUGGAAGGAGGAGCGGGACAGGAAGGUGAAGGAAGAGAGGCCGCGGCCCAAGGAGAGCCUCCAGAAAGACGAGGCGGCGAAGGAGGUGGCGGAGGGUAGGACGCAGCUACCCCCCGAGGAGCUCCGCGGGGGCGGGAAGGAGGCGCGCCCGCCUCACAUGCAAUUCCCCUCGCCGCUGGCCCAGCAUCAGGGCUACGUGCCCUACAUGCACGGACCGUACGCCUACAGCCAGGGCUACGAGCCGAGCCACCCCGGGUACAGAGGCAUGCCCUCGGUCAUGAUGCAGAAUUACCCAGGUUCGUACCUGCCAGCCAGUUACUACGCCUCCUCAUACGGCGGGAAGGUGGGGGCGGGCGAGGACGGCGAGAAGCCCUCCAGGUCAAGUCCGUCUGUGAAGCCGUCCAGCGAGGCCAAAGCUCUGGACCUGCUGCAGCUGCACGCCAGCCAGUACAAAAGCAAGUCGCCGUCCAUCCAGGACAGCAAGACGCCACAUGACCGAGAGCGGGAGAGAGAAAGGGAGGGCGACCGGCCACGCUCCUCGCCCUCGCAGCGCAUCAUGCAGUCCCAUCACCACCUGGGAUACCCUCUGUACGACCUGUCUUACCCCUCAGGCCUCUCAUCCUCCGCCAUCGUCGCCAGUCAGCAAGCGUCCGCCCAGUCCAUGUACCCGCCCGCACGGAGGCACACCUGAUUGGCCAGCCUCUACGCCUCUCCGAGUCAUGUGACUGGAUCACGUGAAGAAGCGUUUCUGUUUCCGUGACAUCAGUUCAGUGGUGUUCUGUGUGUGUUUGAUAUCUCUGCCUGGACGUCCAGCCAACUGCUCCGACCCUCGCCGGACCGGAUCCUGGUCCCGUUGGCCAGCAGGUGCUGCUGGGAUGCAGAGCUCACAGUGACGUACCUGCAGGGACGACUGGGUGACCUCUGACCUCUUUCAGAAGGACGGGCUCAGCUCCGGGUGACAUCACACCGUUACCUGGAUGCGUCUCAGCUUCACGUGAAAUAAAGAGAACACUGGAUGAAGGAGGGCCGGCCAAUCAGAGGGCAGUAUUCAGACUGCUUCCUUGUACUGACUGAGUGACAGGCUCCUCCUCCUCAGUGUGUAGCUGUAAACAUGCUCUGUGUGUGUGUGUGUGUGUGUGUGUGUGUGUGUGUGUGUGUGUGUGUGUGUGUGUGUGUGUGUGUGUGUGUAAAUACUGUACAGAGGAAUUAUUUUAAAGAGCUGUUGGAUGAUGUUGGAUUUCCUACUCUUCUUUUUGUCUGGUAGUCUCUGCCUCUGUUUUUCUACUGUUGUUGAUCUGAUAUUAAACCUGUAGCUGGUGGAGCAGCGCUCGA